UUCCGGUAUUUUUCAGGUGGAAACAGCUCAGUCGGCUGUCUUAUUCUUAUUCUUUGUUUAAACGUGUUUAUUGCUGAAAAGUGUCGAGAUGAAUCGUAUUUUUGGACGAGGAACCCCCAAAGCACCACCUCCGAACCUCACGGACUGCAUUUCAACUGUCGACACACGAGCAGAGUCUGUCGAUAAGAAGAUAGCCAGACUCGAUGCAGAACUGAUGAAGUACAAAGAUCAGAUGAAGAAAAUGAGGGAUGGACCAUCAAAGAACAUGGUGAAACAGAAAGCCAUGCGAGUCCUCAAACAGAAGAGAAUGUAUGAAGGGCAGAGAGAUCAGUUGAUGCAGCAGUCAUUCAACAUGGAGCAGGCGAACUACACCAUCCAGUCCCUUAAAGACACCAAAACAACUGUAGAUGCAAUGAAAAUUGGAGCCAAAGAAAUGAAGAAAGCGUACAAGAAUGUUAAAAUUGAUCAGAUUGAGGAUCUGCAGGAUCAGUUGGAGGACAUGAUGGAAGAUGCCAAUGAGGUGCAGGAGGCUAUGAGCCGCAGCUAUGGGACGCCAGACAUCGAUGAAGACGACCUGGAAGCAGAGCUGAAUGCACUUGGUGAUGAUCUCCUAUUGGACGAUGACAACUCAUAUCUGGACGAGGCCUCCUCAGCUCCAUCUAUACCCGUGGGAGUACCAGGAGACAAAAGCACCCACCGGGAUGGAGUUCUGGUGGACGAAUUUGGCCUUCCUCAGAUUUCAGCCUCAUAAUGGAAUGACAACACUACACAACCCCAAACCCUCAAAAGACUUGGACAAAUAUUUACACACACACACACACACACACACACACACGUACUUUACAAUGAAACACCAGGACAAAGAUUAACAACUUCAGUGUCAAGACUAAAACAGUCCUGCCUUCAAUCUCAGUCUUGACUCUAACCUUUUAUUGCUUCAUAAGGAAUGUGUCCUUCAUAGUCUGCUUUCAUAAUUAAUCUUUGGGCUCUGAGUUUCAUUAUUUUCUAUUGGGAUACUGUUGCCAUGAUCUAUCCUGUUUUCUAAAAGAUAGACACCUGUAGUUGGUUUACUUUGUAAUGCAAUACAGUGUUGCCUACUGAAAGCAAAUAUAAUAAAUUAUUAUAUAUUUCA